GGGAAGUUUGAACGUGUGAAUAAUUGGGUAUUGGAUACAGAUGGAUGUAAUUUAGAGGAAGUAUUAACAUGUCCACGUGUAGAUGCAACAAGAACAACAAGUAAUGAUAUAACAGAGAUAUUUGCAGUAUUAGGUAUAGAGGCAGUAAGACGUGCAUUAUUACGUGAAUUACGUGCAGUAAUUUCCUUUGAUGGUAGUUAUGUAAACUAUCGUCAUUUAGCUGUAUUAUGUGAUUCAAUGACACAAAAAGGAUAUUUAAUGAGUAUAACACGUCAUGGUAUAAAUAGAGUAGAAAAAGGACCAUUAAAGAAAUGCUCCUUUGAGGAAACUGUAGAAAUACUCAUGGAGGCAGCAAUAUUUGCAGAAACAGAUCAUCUAAGAGGAGUAACAGAGAAUAUUAUGUUAGGACAAUUAUGUCCAUUAGGUACAGGAGAUGUAGAUUUAUUAAUAGAUGAAGAAAAAUUAAGAGAUGUACAUAGAAUAUCUACACAUACUAUACAACAACAACAAGAAGGAAAUAAUAAUUCUUCUCUUGAAGGAUUUAUUCUAUCUAAUAAUAAUAAUUUAGAUAAUAAUAAUCUUAUUUCUUCUCCUGAUGGAUCUAAUACAUCUCCUUCUCCUCAUGGUCUUUCUUCUAUCUUUUCUCCUAUGCCUUUUUCUACUGUAUAUUCAUCUUUUGCUCAAUCCCCAUCUAAUCCUCUUUCUCCUUCUUCUCCUUCUGCUGUUGAUGGUAAUAUAGUAGAUACACAAGCAUUAGGAGGAAAGUUCUCUCCUCCUCAGCAGACACCUCGUUCCCCUACAUCUCCUGUUUCUCCUCUUUCUUGUUUCUCCCCUAGGGAACAACAUAAUCCUAUGUCCCCUAUUAUGCAAGGAUGCUUCUCUCCUUCUUCUCCUCUUGUUACUACUGGAUUAGAUACUGUUUCUCCUUCUUAUUCUCCUUCUUCUCCCCUACAAAGUCCUUAUUACCAACCUACUUACAGUGUACAGUCACCGCGUUACUCACCUACUUCUCCUCUACCAGGGGCAAGUUCCCCUACUUAUGGAGAAGGAGCACAAGAAUAUUCUCCUACUUCUCCUGCAUAUGAACCUGCAGAUCCCUUCUCUCCUAAUCCUUAUGCAACUGAGCUUGCCCAAGACAUUGAACUAGAGGCAGACCCUGAUGCUAAUGCAGUUCCUUCUCCUUCUUCUCCUCAGCAGCCAGCAGAGGACAACAAUUAA